GUGAGGACAGCACGAUCGGCAAAGUCCUGGAAGGUCAUUGUCUUUCUGUAUGAAAUAGACAGCGAGCAGUGGGGGUAAUCCUUAACUCCAACCCUGAACAGGACAUGGCCGAUUUUAACUCUGGCUUUGAUUUAAGUGCCUCGGAAAAGGCAGAGGCUGCCGAGCUUCAGAAGAUGAUCGCCGUUGAGCAACAGAAAGCCCAGUUUCAGGCUCAGGUGCACAACUUCACAGACGUGUGCUGGGACAAGUGUGUGGAGAAGCCUGGUUCCAAGCUGGACUCGCGAACGGAGACGUGUCUGAUCAGCUGCGUGGAGCGCUUCAUCGACACCACCCUCACCAUCACCAACCGCUUCACACAGAUGGUGCAGAAAGGAACCCACUGACACAGGAACCCUGGGACUCCUCUACACACACAGUCCUGUAAAUUCUCCUGGAAACAUUAUUACCAUGUAAUAAUGACACUGAGAGCCACAUGAGUCAUCUUAGAGACAGACCUAGUCCUUUCCUCUGUGCUGUGUCUUCAGACAUGCGCUGGGAUAGAGCACAUCACAGCCUGUGUCAUCGGGGUUGGAUGGUUGAGUGUAAAUUGAUGCAUAUGUAUGUAUGCAUUCACACGGGAGACAAUCCUGUCUGGCCUGACUGUGAAGCAAAUAACCAAAACAGAAUGCAGCUGGUUCAGUGCACGGGGUAUCCAACUCAAGGUACUGACCAUGUUGAAUUACUUUGUAGUUUGUACAUGUAAAGGUAUCUUCCUGUUCUUCACUGUCAAUCUUGUGUGUAAAGGCAACUGAUCUAUGCAUGGUCAGCUGUAUUCAUUUGACAUAAGAAUAAACCUUUGUUUAUAUUACCAUAAAUACUUUCAAAUAU